AUGUGGAGGUCCAUCUUGCUCGCGGCGGUGGUCGCGCUGGCGCUGGCGCCGGCGCCGGCGCUGGGGAUCCCGUUCAGGGAGGAAGACCUGGCCUCGGAGGAGAGCCUGCGGGGGCUCUACGAGAGGUGGAGGAGCCACUACACGGUGUCGCGGGGGGGCCUCGGCGCCGACGCGGAGGAGCGCCGGUUCAACGUGUUCAAGGAGAACGCGCGGUACGUCCACGAGGGCAACAAGAAGGACAGGCCCUUCAGGCUGGCGCUCAACAAGUUCGCCGACAUGACCACGGACGAGUUCCGGCGUACGUACGCCGGGUCCAGGGUGCGGCACCACCUCUCCCUCAGCGGCGGCCGCCGGGGCGACGGCAGCUUCAGGUACGAAGACGCCAACAACCUGCCGCCGGCGGUGGACUGGCGGCAGAAGGGCGCCGUCACCGGCAUCAAGGACCAAGGGCAGUGCGGGAGCUGCUGGGCGUUCUCGACGAUCGUGGCGGUGGAGGGCAUCAACAAGAUCAGGACGGGGAAGCUGGUGUCGCUGUCGGAGCAGGAGCUCAUGGACUGCGACAACGUCAACAACCAGGGCUGCGACGGCGGCCUCAUGGACUACGCCUUCCAGUUCAUCCACAAGAACGGGAUCACCACCGAGUCCAACUACCCGUACCAAGGCGAGCAGGGCAGCUGCGACCAGGCAAAGGAAAAGGCUCAUGCCGUGACGAUCGACGGCUACGAGGACGUCCCCGCCAACGACGAGUCCGCUCUACAGAAAGCCGUCGCCGGCCAGCCCGUGUCCGUGGCAAUAGACGCCAGCGGCAACGACUUCCAGUUCUACUCAGAGAGGGCGUCUUCACCGGAGAAUGCAGCACGGAUCUCGACCACGGCGUCGCCGCCGUCGGGUACGGCACUACCAGGGAUGGCACCAAAUACUGGAUCGUCAAGAACUCGUGGGGAGAGGACUGGGGUGAGAAAGGCUACAUCAGGAUGCAGCGCGGGGUGUCGCAGGCAGAGGGGCAGUGUGGCAUCGCCAUGCAGGCGUCCUACCCAACGAAGUCGGCACCACAUGCUAGCACAGUCAGGGACGGGUCUCAUACGGAUGAGCUCUAGAUGA